AUGGAUGAGAUGAAUGCAAUGAAAAGUUUGGAGAUUUGUUUCAUUAAUGAACAUUUCGAUGGCGUGAACAUUGAAAAUGAUUAUUGUUUAUCGUACUUUGAUGGGAAAAAUGAAGAAUUGGAGGCUGUUUUGCAGAAACUUCAAGCAAUUAAUUCUAUUAGCUUUGUUACCGUCGAAAAUCAUAGGAAAGAGAUGAGUAAUAAGAGAUUUACUCAAGCAAAUCAUGCAGUUUUUGAAGACAAAAGAGGAUAUCUUCCAAUUUCGUUUUUUGGCAAGCCAUUCUCUAUAAAAAGCACAGAAACGCGGCAUUGUCUCCAUGGACCUAAUAAGCGGGUAAAAAAUUGCGUUGCUUUAUUACACAUCCAGGAUGGAAGAGGAGGUUAUAGUGUACAGUCAGUGGGAGACCACGAAUAUGAAAAGAAACAGCGAGUUAGACUACAAAACAGUCGAAAACUCCAGUGCCCUGCAACUUUGCAAAUUCGCUGCAUCGAUUUUGAUGAUUACUUCAUGGACAAAAACGCUUGUCAAUCCAACAACGCCAUAAAAGUUGCCAAACGUACGCUUCUAACUAAACUAAACGAGGCCCUUAAUAAAGAGAACGCAAAAGUCCGUAGGUCCACGCGAUUUUACCUAAGGAUACCGCUAAGCUCUGCUCACCAAAAACACCCAGUGGGAACUGAGUUAUCAAUUGGCCAAUACGUCGAUUCACGUGUCGUGAAAAAAAUCUAUGAUUUGGUCGAACAAAAUAUUACCAGCGUUGCUGAAGUAAAGCGAUGGCUGGACAAUUUCGUAGAGAACGAUCUAUUUCGAGAUGUUCCAAAACACAGGUUCCCAAAAGCAAAUCGACGAUACUAUCCAUCCCGGCAAGACAUUCGAAAUCACAUUGGUAGAGCCAUUUCUUCUUUCAAAUCUUGCGACGAUGACCAGGAAGCACUGGCAAGGAAAGUUGACGAGUGGAAAGCAAAAGAUCCCACUUCGAAUUUUUUUUAUAGGAUGCGAGAGGAAACGACAAAGAGAAAUAACGACAGCGAUAGAGUAUCCGCAGAGCAAAGCUUUUUGUUUGUUCAUCAAGAACAAUGGCAGCAGCGUUUGUUGACAAGAUAUGGAUACGAGCUUGUUUUGAUGGAUGCUACAUACAAAACAACGAAGUAUGCGAUACCCCUGUUCUUCAUUUGUGUUCACACAAAUGUUGGCUACAAAGUCGUGGCCGAGUUCAUGUGCCAAGCAGAGGACAGAGAAUCUAUCAGUGAAGCUUUGAACGUUGUCAAAUCAUGGAAUCGUGAUUACCCUAAGUAUUUCAUGGUCGACUAUUCAACAGCCGAGAUUGGGGCGAUCGAAGAACAGUUUCAUGACAUAACAGUCUACAUCUGCGAUUUCCACAGAAUUCAAGCCAUGCAAAGAUGGUCAAAAGCAAAGAAGCACAACCUAACACCAGAAGAACAGGAAAUGUUCCUGAGCCAAAUGCAGAGAAUAUCAUUUGCAAGCACAGAGAGUGAGUAUGAUGCCGAAGUCACCAACUUACGGAAGUCUGGAUUCUAUGAAAAAGUUAAAGAAUAUACUGAAAACACAUGGCUUUCGUGUUCGGCACGUUGGGUCCAUGCGUUUCGAACACAACAAGCAGUGAACGUCGUCAACACUAACAAUGGCACAGAGGCAAUGAACAAGCUAUUUAAAUACGAAUAUUUACCAAGAUCAGUGGAUAAAUCUGUGUAUGGCAUUGCAAUCACAAUUGUAGAGUGUUUCAUUCCUGACUCUCACCAGGGCUAUAUGCAAAAAAACCUUAUGUUUAGUAGUGCAUAUGCAAUGUAUAACAAAAGCGUUCCAAUUUAUUUAAGAGACAGACCUCCACAAUUCGUAAAACAUUGCCUUAAAAGUCGUUAUGCCGCCACAGAGUACAAUACCUCUGACAUUUCAGCAGUUAAUUUCCAAAAGGGGGAGUUUCAUAUCAGAAGUUUAGCCAACCCACGUGAAAGGCAUCUUGUAAAUUUGAGCAAACCAGAGUGUUCUUGCAAAGCUUGGAAGAAGACUCAUUACCCUUGCAAACAUUUUUUUGCAAUAUUUUCCGCCAAUCUAGAGUGGAGUUUCGACUCUUUGCCUGAUCACUACAGAAAUAGCGUUUUCAUUACACUUGAUAAUGAACAUUUCACCAUUAUAAACUAUGAUAUUUCAGAGAAAACAGCAGAGGAGAAAUCAACAACCAUAGAAACGCCGGAAGACACCAAAUGCGACAUCGAAAGCACUGCAGAUAAAUCCGAAAAGUCUUUUCAUCCUGCUUUUAAUUCUAAAUUGUGCGAAGGAAAAUUUCAAAAUCACGACACACCCAAGUUGAGAAAAGUUCUUCAUGAGAAACUGGAUGCUAUAAAAAACACGUCCUUUCUCGUUGAUAAAGUUGGUGAUCUUCAAGCAGCUAUAGAAUCGGUAGACAAAAUACACCAGAAACUAAUAUCUUCUUGCCCAAAUGCAAACGGAAUUCUGCUUCGAAGUAGUCCGGUGAAAAAAACUAAAAAUCAAUAA